AUGGUGGCCAGACUGAUGGUCAGCAACUUGACUUUAAGAGAGCUUGGUCUGAAAGAAUCGAUGUGGCUUCAAAAACAGAGCGAUGAUAAUACGAUUUAUGAACAGAUGAAGUCUCUACGAGAAGAAAAUGAACGGUACAAAACAAAUCAGUUGCAACAGCAUGCAAGUCAGGGGCAACUCAUUAGUCAGCACCAUCAUCAUCAAAAUCAUCACAAUCAGCAAGCUUCACCGAACGGCGUACUGUGUGUGACAAAGAAGAAGAAAAAGAAAGUGAAGGGUAACCCCCCUGGAUCGUUGCAGCCGGCUCCUGGGUCGCAACUUGAAUCCCUACAAAAAGAAAUACGUGAAUCAGAGACAGAUUACAAAUCACAGAUCGCCAAAGCUGAGCAGAAAUCGUAUGAAAACUGGUUAACUUCGCGCCAGUUCGAGAGAAAACUGAAAGAAUCUCAAGGUGAAGCAACUCAGCUGAGGAAUAUGCUGACUAUGAUUGAGAAGAACUCCACCAAUCAUAGUACGGACGAUCUAAAGCAGAGUAUAAGCGAAGUGAGCAACGGCGACCCGUCCAGCCCACCGCCUCGCUUCCUGCCCCCACCCCCCACCUCGCCGCCUUUCAUGAUGUUCCAGCCGCCCCCACCGCUCUACCCCUCACCCGAUACCGCUCCCAGCGCGCGGCCGCCCACCCUCGGCCGCAUCUCGUCGCCGCCCCUCGACCACCACCACCCCCGCUUCUCGCCGCCGCCCCCGCACCCGCCCUACCUGUUCGAUCCGCCCCCUUUCCCCCACCCGCAGCACUCGCCUUCCCCGCCUCCGCCACUGCCUCACAGGCCUCUGCCCAAGCCGCCCCACAUGAGUCCCAACGACCGCAAAGAAUCGAUGUCUCCUGGGUAUUCUGAACACCACGACAGACCAAAUCGAAGAAGUAAAAGAUAGUAGUUAUGAUUAUAAUAGUUUUAAGUUGAAUCCAGUACUGUAAAAUAUCGAAUGAAAACUA